AUGGCGUUGGCGGAGGAUUGGGAGUCCCGCGCUUGUUUGAGAGCUCGGGCCAGGGAGAAUGGUGUUCUCACCAUGUGGCCCAAGCCAAACCAAAAAGGGAUUCCGACUGGACCUGCCUGUUCUUUGAACUCAGUGCCUUUGACGGCUUUGGCCAAGUGGUGGGUGGAGCGUUCAACCACACCCCGCACGGUGCCUAUCGGCGACAUGAGGGAACAGGUCAUCGCAUGGAGACAACUCAGCGCGCUCAAUGAAGACAAUGGGAGCGUCGCGUUGGACGCUUGGGGUCUCAAGAGGCUGUUUUCCCACUGCCUGCGUCGCUGGUUGAGUGGUUCAGUACGCCCCCGCGAUCCAGCCAUGCGCGACUUUUGGGAAGUCCUUGAUGGCGCAUGGGGCACACCUCAGGCUGCCAAUGGUGGCCCUGCUCUCCAGGAGGAGGAGGAUGGUGAUGAGGGGGAGAAUGGGGGUGACGACACGGACCACUAUUCCGGUGCUGAAGCUGCUGCAGAUGAGUACCCAGAAAUCGAUCAUGUGAUCCAUGACUCCCAAGACAUGGCAUCCACUCAAACCAUGCUGGACAGUGAAGGCUCUGAGGCUCCGGUGGACAUUGAGAUGUCUGAGCCUGACCAUCUGCCUUGUGCAGCUGAGGCCGCCGCUCCGCCAGCCAAUGCUGCAAAGUGCACAGGGCAGCCUGACAAGUCGCCCGUGUUUGGGGGGCCCACACAGUCCGCCGGAAAUAGGAACGCCAAGAUCUCUGCUCUCAGGAUGGCUUUGGAGAAGCGGGCUGCGGCCACCAUGGCGCGUGGCAAAUCCAGUAGCUAG